AUGUAUCAUUUUGCUGAUUCAUUUCAUAAUCAGAAAUCUGUUGGAUGGCGGGUAGCAACAAGGCCAGGCGUUAAGCAAUUUUUGGCCAACUUGAGCAGAUACUACGAAGUCGUCAUUUUCACCAACUCGCCGGGCUACCUUGCCGAACCAGUGUGCCAAGCAUUAGACCCUCACUUCUUCUACGCAAUGUAUCGUCUCUACCGGGACCAUACUAAACUAGUCGAUGGCGUCUACGUCAAAGACCUCAGCCAACUUAACCGCGACAUCGGCAAAACCAUCAUCCUCGACAUCAACCCCGAAUCGUACAAGCUGCAGCCAGAGAACGGAUUGAAGCUGAAGCCCUGGAAGGGAGAGCGCGGAGACCAGGAAUUGAAGAAGCUGGAGACGUUCUUCGAAGAACUGUACGUAUUCGCAACCAUUUACGGCAUGGAAGACAUCCGUCCCAUCCUCAACAUCGUCAACUCGAUCGACCCGGACGAUGUUGCCUCCUCGUGGGCAACCUACAAAGAAAAAGUUCGCGAAGACUUCAACCAGCGCAUCCCCGAAAUUAACGAAGCUACCAACUCCUCCCGGUCAUGGCUCUCCCGUAUGCUAGGCGGAGUGACAGGCAACACACACAAACCCGUCAACAUCAUCGACACGAUCGAGAGUCUCGCACGGGAAGAACGUGCCCUAGCGGAGCAGGACGCGGAUAACAUGAAGCAGCAGAUGAACGAGGUGCAGAAGCAGCAGGAGGAGUUUAUCAAGAAGCAGAUGGAGGAGAAUAAGAGCAAGGGGCUCAAGUUGUGGGAUUAUUGGAAUGGAGCGGGACAGGUGGCACCGCCCGGCCAGCCUGGGGCGCCUCCGCAACAGUGA